AUGGCGAACAAGAAGAAACCUUACUCCAAGAAGUCUGUUAACGGCGAGCCAAAUCCGCACCUGAAGCAAUCUUACACAAGCGGAUCAGAGCAAUUUCCCGGAGACUCGCUGAUUGAAUAUAAUCAGCCUGAAUCGUCUCCUUAUGAGUCUCAAAUCAUCACUAUUCGUGUAGGAAGCAGAACAUACAGGAUUCCAGUAUGCUACAUCCAAAAUUAUCCACAGUUCAGCAGUUCCCUUCCAUGGGAACCACAUUAUAUCCUUUCUGAGGUGGAUGACGAGGUUGGUCACACCGUCGUGCACUUCUUGUGUACCGGUAAUUAUGAAACGCUCCGGACUGCAUCCGAGCCAGGUGUGUCCAAGAUGGCAAUAGAAUACAGAAGGAGCAUGCUUGUCUACCAAGCGGCCAGAAAAUAUGAUUUAUACAAUCUGGAGACGUACGCGAAGAAAUACAUCGAGAUGUUCGGCGAGUCGAUGUCCACUUUCGAUAGAAUGGAGGCUGCAAGAGAGAUAUAUUCCAAACUCCCCCAAGAUGAGACUUGGCUUGCCAGCUACAUCAACAAACAACUUCGAAUUGCUUUCUCACUGGACAAAAACAUCUUUCAGCGCGAAGAGUUCUAUCACGGUGUUGGAAAAGACCCUGUUUUUGACAAAGCCGUGAUGAGAAUGGUUGUGGACAUCUACUCUGAGAUACUGUCUAGACAGGUCACUGAGACUACCCCUGAGGAGGAUGCUGCGGAGGAUUGUGCUGCGGAGGAUUGUGCUGCGGAGGAUGGUGCUGCGGAAGAGGGUGCUGUGGAAGAGUAUGGCGCUGCGGAGGAUGGUGCUGCGGAAAAGGGUUCUGUGGAAGAGUACGGCGCUGUGGAGGAUGGUGCUGCGGAAGAGGGAAAUGUGGAAGAGGAUGGUGCGCAAGAGGCUGUCAACCUCGAGGUUCCUGCAGAGCCUUCAGGCUCAACGCUCAACUUUGAAUGGGGCGAGAACUGGACUUCAAGUAGCCAUCUGGGGCUCGUUUCUCGUGAUACAGGUAAUCGGAAUAUGGGGAAAGAUACAAACUUGUGGUACUCAAAGAACGAAGAAGAGGAGUCGGUCGGAUUCGGUGCUCCUUACAAAGAGAUCAAAUGGAAAAAGACGAAAGGCCUCCUGAGGCAAGAUGCACUAGACGCGGCCCAUGAACAGGACCAAGAUGCCUUUGGGAGCCAGCAGAUUGCGUAUCAUUGGGUGGUACAGAAUACUAAAGAACACGCCAAGGAAAGAGCGCUUGCUUACCGUCUCUCAUUACCGCAUACAGACUGA